AUGAUGAUAUCCAACAUAGCUGAAUCGAUAAAUUCAGGAAUUUUUGCUACAAAAACAAUGCCCAUCACUACAAUGAUGGAGAGUCUUCGAAGUUUGGUACAAAAAUUAGUUUGGACAAACGGCAAUGAAGCACAUGGAACAUUCACCAAAUUUUCAACAGUAACAGAAAAAAUACUCAGAGAAAACUUUAUUCAAGCGAAAAAAUAUGAGAUUACACCAGUCACAACAAUACUCCACCAAGUGAAUGUGCUAGAGAAAGGGAAAUUCCUUGUCAAUUUACUGGACAAAACAUGUGAAUGUAAUCGGUUCCAGCAAGAUAAAAUCCCAUGUGCUCAUGCAAUAGCUAUAUUCUCGAAACAAGAAUUGUGA